AUGAUGAGAAAUAUGCUUAGUCUGACCUUGGUGGUGGCUGCGUGUUCGUGGUAUGCGUUGGCUGAUGUCCCCAUUCAGCCAGACUUCAAGGAUGACAAAGUAAGUAGGAGGCACAUGUACAAUGUUAAAGUUUUAUAUACACAGUCUGACAUACUCAGAGUAAUUCACUAAAGUGAAGAAUAAAAGUGAUUUUCAAAUUUAAGAUCAAAAUAGCAAAAAGUUCUCUAAGUCAGUUAUGCUGUCGGUUCAAAUAUUCUGGCUUUAAAUAUGACACUUAAAUCGAAUUUACUUUGAAUUCUCACUUUAGUUAAUAACCCAGACAGACAGAUAGACAUGUACAAUAUCGGUUGGUGGGGGGUACUUGCAGCUGACUAUAUGUCUUAGAGUAGAAAGUUACAGUACACCCAGAUGCUCUGCAUCGAUCAUUAAUCGAUCAUUAAUUCAUGGUGCAUAAGAUUGUGUGAUAUCGAUCAGGAAAAAUUACAAAAUAAAUAAAACUCAGAAAUCAGCAUUGGAACGAGUCUCUAAACGGCUUGGCAUAUGGUGAGGGCAGAAUUGGUAGAAUGUGGACUGACACUCACAUAUAGAGUAACAACGCACACAAUCUAGUCUUAAUCCAUACUGAUUCAAUGUUUUAUUUCAUUAUGUUUUCACAUUUCAACAUUGUGCAUAAAAUAAAGUGAAAAAUACAAAUUUUAUAUUUAUACAUCUUUUUUUAAAUUUUUUUAAUAUGCAUACAAUACAUGAAUAAAUACAUUAAAGGUGUAAGCAAGAGCAGAAACCUCAGACUUAAUAUCUUAAAUUGGUUUAACAUUUCUGGAUCCAUCCAGCAAAGAAAGUACUGUCUGAAGAGCUAGCAAUUCAAAUGGGCAAAAUUAAAAUACAAAUAAGCAGAACAAAUAAAUGUCACUGAGUAACCCAAUUCUGUUAUGUUCCUGAAGAGAUGGAUUUAACUUUUUUGUGUGCCAGAAGACUUUAAGAAAUCUUGCCCUACACUCCGGCACACACAGGUUUUAUUCUAGAAGCAAAGUUUAGUGGCCACUUGACUUCACAUGGAAGCCUACAGGCCACGAGCUGUUAAGUUGCUGAUGCUAAGUUCCCCUCAGUAAAUACCAGCAGGUUCAUCUCAGGGGUGAAUGGCCCCCAAGGGGGUUAAAUGAGCCAGGUAGGUAGUAGAGUGACCAUCGCUGUUUUUGUUUUCAGAUUACAGGAAAAUGGUACAGCUUUGGAAUAGCUUCCAAUUCCAACUGGUUCCAAGCCAAGAGGGGUCACAUGAAGAUGUGCACCACCAUGAUAACACCCACUGCUGAUGGGAACCUCGAGGUCGCUGCUACAUAUCCCAAGUACGUACACCAUGUACCAAAAUGUGGACAAAUGGGAGAUCCAUGGGGAUCCAAUAUUUAUACUGAAUUAAAGGAGACGUGUCACUGUUUAGGUUUUUUUUAUAUUAUGUUUACUGAUAUUUACCAAAUAUGUUUUUGUUAGGUAUGAAAAGUAAAAUUAAUUGUAGAAAUACACACCUAUCUAUGCAGCAACUGUCAGUCAUUGUUAUAAGCAGUGGCGUACGUAACACAGUCGCAGGGAUCGCAGCUGUGACUGAGCCUGUAGCUCUAAUAUCAAUUUAACAAGACGAAUCUUCUCGUGGAAAGAGAAACACAAGUUAUAGGUUAAUUUCAAUGUUUUAUUUAAUGGUUAAAAAAUUGUAAAGAAUGGACAGUCCUGCGUUGAAGCUAGUCCGAUAUGUAUACUGCUAGGAAGGAAGUACUAAGGGAGUAUUGAGAGGGGCGAGAUAGGGAGCAAUGGUGGAACAGGAAGGAUUAGAAGGGUUAAAUAAUAAACAUUACAAGGUAGGCAGUGAGUAUUGGAUAUCCAGAGAGUAGUGGUAGGGGGCAUAUGGGGAAUAAUGAGAUAGGGUAUACCUGAAGAAUUAGCUGGUGGAUACAGAGAGUAUUAGUAGGGGGAAAGAGGGGGUACUAGUAGGGAAUACAGGGAGUAUUAGUAGGGGGAUACAGGGAGUAUUAGUAGGGGAUACAGGGAGUAUUAGUAGGGGUUAUACAGGGAGUAUUAGUAGAGGGAUACAGGGAGUAUUAGUAGAGGGAUACAGGGAGUAUUAGUAGAGGGAUACAGGGAGUAUUAGUAGGGGUACAUGGAGUAUUAGUAGAGGGAUACAGGGAGUAUUAGUAGAGGGAUACAGGGAGUAUUAGUAGGGGAUACAGGGAGUAUUAGUAGAGGGAUACAGGGAGUAUUAGUAGGGGAUACAGAGAGUAUUAGUAGAGGGAUACAGGGAGUAUUAGUAGGGAUAUUCAGAGAGUAUUAGGGGGAUACAGGGAGUAUUAGUAGGGGAUACAGGGAGUAUUAGUAGAGGGAUACAGGGAGUAUUAGUAGGGGAUACAGGGAGUAUUAGUAGGGGAUACAGGGAGUAUUAGUAUAGGGAUACAGGGAGUAUUAGUAGGGGAUACAGGGAGUAUUAGCAGAGGGAUACAGGAAGUAUUAGUAGGGGAUACAGAGAGUAUUAGUAGAGGGAUACAGGGAGUAUUAGUAGGGAUAUUCAGAGAGUAUUAAGGGGAUAAAGGAAGUAUUAGUAGGGAUAUUCAGAGAGUAUUAGGGGGAUAAAUGGAGUAUUAGUAGGGAUAUUCAGAGAGUAUUAUUAGGGAUAUACAUGGAGUAUUAGUAGGGAAAUACAGGGAGUAUUGUUGGGGUAUACAGGGAGUAUUAGUAGGGGGAUACUGGGAGUACUGUCGGGGUAUACACACAGUAUGGAGUAUGCAAGUCAGAGUUAGCAGGAUGGUGGCAACAGCCAAUAUAAUCAAUACUUUACACCCAUCUAUUUCAGAAUGGAUCGCUGUGAGAAUAAAACUCUGAUUUACACCAAGACUGACACACCAGGACGCUACACCUCCAAAGGCAUUCGUAAGUUGGACUGUUCUACAUCACUCAUGGCUGCCAAGUCCAGCUGGUUCUUCCAUCCUCAAAGCUAAGUCACUUCUAGCUGUGACUUGGUAAAGCCAGCAUUGGGCAUAAUAUGAGGCAUAGCCAGUGGGGUAAGCCAGCCUUGGGCAUGAUAUGAGGCAAAGCCAGUAUGGUAAGGGCAGCAUUGGGCAUGAUACGAGGCACAGCCAGUAUGGUAAUGCCAGCAUUGGACAUCAUACGAGACACAGCCAGUAUGGUAAGGCCAGCAUUGGGCAUGAUAUGCGGCACAGCCAGUAUGGUAAGGCCAGCAUUGGACAUCAUACGAGACACAGCCAGUAUUGUAAGGCCAGCAUUGGACAUGAUACGAGACACAGCCAGUAUGGUAAGGCCAGCAUUUGGCAUGAUAUGAGGCACAGCCAGUAUGGUAAGGCCAGCAUUGGGCAUGAUAUGCGGCACAGCCAGUAUGGUAAGGCCAGCAUUGGGCAUGAUACGAGACACAGCCAGUAUAGUAAGGCCAGCAUUGGGCAUGAUACGAGACACAGCCAGUAUUGUAAGGCCAGCAUUGGGCAUGAUAUGAGGCACAGGCAAUAUCGUAAGGCCAGCAUUGGGCAUAAUAUGGAGCACAGACAGUAUUGUAAGGCCAGCAUUGGGCAUGAUACAAGGCACAACCGAUAUGGUAAUGCCAGCAUUAGGCAUGACAUGAGACACGGCCAGUAUGGUAAGUAUUGGGCAUGAUAUUGGGAACAACCAGUAUGGUAAGGCCAGCUUUGGGCAUGAGAUAAGGCACAGCCCGUAUGGUAAGGCCAGCAUUGGGCAUGAUAUAGGGCAUAGCCAGUAUGGUAAGGCCAGCAUUGGGCAUGAUAUAGGGCAUAGCCAGUAUGGUAAGGCCACCAUUGGGCAUGAUAUGGGCACAGCCAAUAUAAUAAGUCCAACAUUGGCCAUGAUACGAGGCACAGUCAGUAUGGUAAGGCUGGCAUUGAGCACAAUACGACACACAGCCAGGAUGGUAAGCCCAGCAUUAGGCAUGAUACCAGACACAGCCAGUAUGGUAAGGCCAGGUCAAUAUAUGAAGAAAAGGCAUGGUAUGGGUAAGGUACAGAAGGCAAGACCAAAGAAGUCUAUUUUUACUGCAUUGUAUGUAUCACUGAUGAAAACAUGUUGGAUAUGUUGUGGUUUGGUUUAGAAAAGUAUUAACAGUCUGUCACUCUGUUGAAGGCACCGGUAGCACACUGGACAUUAUUGUAGUUGAAACAAACUAUGAAGAAUAUAUCAUGCUAUACACCGGCAUUACCAAAGGCUUAGAAGUAAAGACCAUGGUGACUCUUUACGGUAAGUAAAUCCCCCUGGUCAGUAUUUAAAGGAAAAUAGACCUAUUACCUGUGGAUAUCAUAGAGAUUUGUAUAUUGGGCCCUACAGAAAAUGCCUUCAGGAACUUUGUUUGGAGGGACUCUAAACAGGGCAGCAUCUAGAGAAUGUGGCUCCAUGGAGAAAUUCCAAAAUGUUCCCCUUCCCUACAUUCUAAAUUCGAUCCCAGCUGUCACAUGUCUCUCCCCAUCACUUCCCCUCUUCCUAAGUCUUUUUUUAUCCCUCCCCUUUAUUUUGUCCUUCCUCAUCCUCUUACCUACCCAGGUCCUGUGGCGUGGUCACACAGCACGAAGGUCUCUUGUGGCCAUCUGUUCCUAUGCCAUCAAUAUUAAAGUGUGACCAGUCAUGGAGAGUUCUGAUCACUGCAGUCUUCUCAUUGUUGCACUAUUGCAGCCAGGCUCCCAGAAGCCUCGGAGGCUCAGUCCAUGACCGUUUUGCCUAAAUAUUCAUUCAGUCCGCCCCUGUGGACUGGUAGUGCCAUUGGUGGCGGUGGCAUUUUAACAGCUGCCGGGUUUGUCCACCACUGGUCCAAGGCCUGGCCGCAGAUCACAUUAGGACAGUCCUGAUACCGGUUUUUACACCAUCAUAUUGUGCUGAAAUAUAGAUUCACUGUUCAUGGCGGAUUAUGAGAAAGUCCUCCUAGAGACAUAGUGCAGGCAUUAUAAAAUUAGCAAAAAUCCAUUUUAUUGUAAAAUGAGAAUGUUUGCUGUCUUCAGUUUUUACUAUGUACACUAUAAAAGACUGAAACAUUUAAGCAUUUUCAAUUUUUCUGAAUUCAGGAAGAACCAAGGAAAUGCGUCCAAAGCUGAUAGAAAACUUCAGAAAGUUCUCCCUGGACCAAGGACUGAGUGAAGACAACAUUCUAAUCCUGCCUUACACCGGUAAGAUUGAUCUCCUUGGUCACAAACAACACUCAAUCCCUACAAUCCACAUAUAGUGUUUACUGACACCCAAUCCAUACAUAAUGUCUACAGACGCCCAAUCCACACAGUGUCUACAGACAUCCAAUUCACAUAAAGUGUCUACAGACACCCAAACCCAAACGUAGUGUCUACAGAUGCCCAAUCCGCACACAGUGUCUGCAGACACCCAGUCCACACAUAGUGUCUACAGAAGCCCAAUCCAAACAUAGUGUCUACAGACACCCAAUCCACACAUAGUGUCUACAGACAACCAAUCUAUAUAUAAUGUCUACAGACACCCAAUCCACACAUACUGUUUAGAGAAGCUCAAUCUACAAUCCACACAUAGUGUCUACAGACAAUCCACACACAGUGUCUACAGACGCCCAUUCCAUACAUAGUGUCUACAGACACUUAAUCCACACAGUGUCUAGAGUAGCUCAAUCUACAAUCCACACAUAGUGUCUACAGACAAUCCAUACAUAGUGUCUACAGACACCCAAUGCAUACAUAGUGUCUACACACACCCAAUCCACACAUAGUGUCUACAGACAACCAAUCUACAUAUAAUGUCUACAGACGCCCAAUCCACACAUAGUUUCUACAGACGCCCAAUCCACACAUAGUGGCUACAGACGCUCAAUCCACAUAUAGUGUCUACAGACACCGAAUCCACAUAUAAUGUCUACAGACACUCAAUCCACACAUAGUGUCUACAGACACCCAAUCCACACAGUGUCUACAGAUGCCUAAUCCACACAUAGUGUCUACAGACACUUAAUCCACACAUAGUGUCUACAGACAAUCCACACAUAGUGUCUACAGACAACCAAUCCACACAUAGUGUCUACAGACACCCAAUCCACACAGUGUCUACAGACGCCCAAUCCACACAUAGUGUCUACAGACGCCCAAUCCAUACCUAGUGUCUACAGAAACCCAAUCCUCACAUAGUGUCUACAGACAAUCCACACAAAGUGUCUACAGACAAUCCACACAAAGUGUCUAUAGACAAUCCAUACAUAGUGUCUACAGACACCCAAACCCAAACGUAGUGUCUACAGAUGCCCAAUCCGCACACAGUGUCUGCAGACACCCAGUCCACACAUAGUGUCUACAGAAGCCCAAUCCAAACAUAGUGUCUACAGACACCCAAUCCACACAUAGUGUCUACAGACAACCAAUCUAUAUAUAAUGUCUACAGACACCCAAUCCACACAUACUGUUUAGAGAAGCUCAAUCUACAAUCCACACAUAGUGUCUACAGACAAUCCACACACAGUGUCUACAGACGCCCAUUCCAUACAUAGUGUCUACAGACACUUAAUCCACACAGUGUCUAGAGUAGCUCAAUCUACAAUCCACACAUAGUGUCUACAGACAAUCCAUACAUAGUGUCUACAGACACCCAAUGCAUACAUAGUGUCUACACACACCCAAUCCACACAUAGUGUCUACAGACAACCAAUCUACAUAUAAUGUCUACAGACGCCCAAUCCACACAUAGUUUCUACAGACGCCCAAUCCACACAUAGUGGCUACAGACGCUCAAUCCACAUAUAGUGUCUACAGACACCGAAUCCACAUAUAAUGUCUACAGACACUCAAUCCACACAUAGUGUCUACAGACACCCAAUCCACACAGUGUCUACAGAUGCCUAAUCCACACAUAGUGUCUACAGACACUUAAUCCACACAUAGUGUCUACAGACAAUCCACACAUAGUGUCUACAGACAACCAAUCCACACAUAGUGUCUACAGACACCCAAUCCACACAGUGUCUACAGACGCCCAAUCCACACAUAGUGUCUACAGACGCCCAAUCCAUACCUAGUGUCUACAGAAACCCAAUCCACACAUAGUGUCUACAGACAACCAAUCCACACAGUGUCUACAGACGCCCAAUCCACACAUAGUGUCUACAGACGCCCAAUCCAUACCUAGUGUCUACAGAAACCCAAUCCUCACAUAGUGUUUACAGACAAUCCACACAAAGUGUCUACAGACAAUCCACACAAAGUGUCUAUAGACAAUCCAUACAUAGUGUCUACAGACACCCAAUCCACACAUAGUGUCUACAGACAAUCCACACACAGUGUCUACAGACAAUCCAUACAUAGUGUCUACAGACAAUCCACACAUAGUGUCUACAGACAAUCCACACAUAGUGUCUACAGACAAUCCACACAGUGUCUACAAACAAUCCAUACAUAGAUACAUACAUACAUACAAAAGUAAUUAGGUUUGUUGUGUUCACUGGAGGAGGUCUGCUGUGAGGAGUCUUUCCCAGAGCUGGAAUAAGAGGCAGUUUAAUGGUUAUUUAAUACAUUUAACUUAUACAGGGUAUGAAAAACACAUAAUGUGACACAACCGGCUCCAGCCAUUACUUCCUGUUUAAAAUGUUAUAGAAUAAAAUAGCGACUCCGUUGCGUUAACAGAAAAUGAUUUAAUUUCUUCUGCUUAGAUCUUCCUAAUGAUUUUGUUAUUAUCUUCCAGAUGAAUGCAUGACAGAAAACUAG